UAUCGAGAGCGCCGGAAGAGAAGCAGGUGUCUUCCUCGGCCAUCUUGUGGUUAUCCGACGUGAGCUGUUUGCUCGAAGCCUCGAAGAAUCGGAGGAGAAUCCCGCUGUUGGGGCGCCAUCAUGCCCGGACACCUGCAAGACGGCUUCGGCUGCGUCGUGACCAAUCGGUUCGACCAGCUAUUGGACGACGAGUCCGACCCGUUCGAGAUAUUAAAGGCGGCCGAGAACAAGAAGAAAGAGGCGGCCGCGUCUGGCGCCUCAAAGACAGCAGCACAAGCCGCCAAACAGCCGAAGAAGGAGUCGCAAAAAGACAGGAAAAACACAGCCCCGGAAAAGAAGGAAGAGACGCAGGCUGCCGUACCUCUGAAGAAAGAGGGCGUGAGGAGGGUUGGCCGGAGACCGGAGCAGCAGGGUCAGACCAGUUCCCAGAACCAAGGAGGUCAAGGAGAGGGUCGCCCCGGUGAGCGGAGACCAGAGAGACGACCUCCUCGCGAGCGGCGCUUUGACAAACCAGCUGAUGAUAAACCAGAGGGUGGAGAGUUCUCUGUGGACAAGCCUGUUGGAGAUAAGCCAUCAAGAGGGCGUGGGGUGGGACGUGGGGGCCGAGGUGGCCGUGGACGGGGCAUGGGACGUGGAGAAGGAUUCGAUUCUCGGGGGAAACGUGACUUUGACAGACACAGCGGCAAUGACAAAAUUCGACAGAAGGGAGAGGAGAAGCGCAGCGGGAGUGGCUCGCACAACUGGGGGAAUGUGAAGGAAGAAACCAGUGAGCUGGAUCAGUCAGCUGCACCUGAGCCCGUUCCUGAAGGAGAGGAACACGCACCUGCCGAUUCUGAAAACAAGGAGAAUGAAGUAGAGGAGGUGAAGGAGGAAGGUCCCAAAGAGAUGACACUGGAUGAAUAUAAGGCCAUGCAAGACAAAGAGCGCGCCAAAGUCGAAUUCAAUAUCCGUAAGCCCAACGAGGGGAACGAUGGACAGUGGAAGAAGGGCUAUGUCCUGCACAAGUCAAAGAGCGAUGAAGUCGGCGCGCGGCAGGCUGGAGCUGUGAUUGAAAGUGGAGAUGUUGAUCCCGAAUCAUUCCAGAAGGCUGAUGAUGGUGCCGGCGAACACCACUUCCGUAAACCAGCCAAUGACAUCACCUCCCAGUUGGAGAUUAACUUUGGAGACCUGGGUCGACCGGGACGUGGCCGCGGGGGCUCCCGUGGAGGCCGUGGAGGUCGUGGGGGCGGUGGUGGUGGUGGUGGUGGUGCUGGUGGUGGCGGAGGACGGCCAGGUCGAGGCGGCGGCAGAUCUGAGAAGAGCGGAGGUGUGUCCGUUCCUAACGUGGAUGACCCUGAGGCUUUUCCAGCCUUGGCCUAAAGCUCAGCUCCUCCAUCUAACCUUCCUCCCGCUCCUCCGGGCCUCCUCCUCCUCUUCGACGCUUGCAUGCUUAUGGAUCCUUCGACCAUUGACAAACCAUAGAAAAAAAAUAUUGAACACGAGAGACCGUCAUCCACACAUACACUGAGAACUGACUUUUACCUGCGGAAAAACAAAAAUGGACUUCUCGUUACACUGAAGCAAAUUAUUGGUAGGGGUUUUGUAUUUCGAGACAUGAAAGCAGGGAUUGUUCAUACAGUAUUUUUUCCCCCUUGUUUUCCCAGAGAUUAUGCGUUCGCCAUAAAUAUUUUUUUAUUGCUGCUUGAAUGUAUGCGAUUCCAGAUAGAAUUGAGGUGUGUUGUGAAAGCUCACGCUUCCCUCAAGACACUCCGCUGUCCACGUACGUGUAGAAGCGUACUUGCUCUCGAUAGCUCUACCAAAAGCAGAAGGUUUUUUUUCAUUAUUUUUAGGUGAGAUACAACAAGAUUCGUAGUGGUUGUUUUACUGUUAAUAUAUACAGGAGUAAUGUAUAUUGACUUUUUGAAAUGUUUUGAAAGAAAGCUCAAAGGUCAAGUUAUCCUCUUGUCAUUUGGAUAUCUGGAUACGGCCUGUAGCAAGAAGCGAAUGGCUCGUCUUGAUCUUUCUUCAUUGUUUUGUCGUCCUCUGGUGGACCAGUGAUAUUGGUAUACAUGUUUUGUUGCUCGCUGAGAGUAAGAUGUUAAGUGCCCAGGGUUCAGUGUAGAUCCAGGCUGGUCCUUUUAGGUCACGUAGAUUCUUCCGUUAGAAACCUUAGGACCACUUUCAGCUGUAUAUGUGGGGUUUCGUAUGUAUGUGUGUGUGUGAGUGAAUGAUAACCUGUUUUAAUACUCAUCUAUCAUAAAUUUAUUUUCCUGAACUUAGAUUGUAUGUUUAGGUAAGUCAUGUUUUUAACAUGCGGUUUUAUUUUUUGUGGGAUUUCUCUGGUUAAGGUUGUUGACAUAUCUUGCACUUAGAUUUAUGGUGACGUUUGAAUUUUUGCUAAUAAGCACAUGGUCUACUCACAUCAGUACCAUUUGUUUAUUUGUGUUUCUUCUGUGGUCUUUGCUGUGUUUUUGUUUUUAAUUAUUGCUACGACGGCACUACUGCUUGCGUUUUCCGAAACAAAGUGCGUAAUUCAGGGUGGGACGAAACUUCGGAAGCAGCUUCUUACGUAUGUGAAAUGGCAAGACAUCCGAGUGCGAUGGCCGAUGUGCUCUGUAUUAAUGAAGAAGAGGUGACAAAUGAAGCGGAAGACGACAUUAAGUUGGAGUCAAGGCUUCCGGUUUGUCACGCUUCUAUUGGAAGACUCAUCCGGGACCUCCAGUCGUGACUCCCUCUUAUUCUUUGUGACGCGAUUGUUUCUAUUAUAAACAUGUCUGCAUAUAUCCCUGUUCAAUAAAUUGCUUAGAAGUG